AGUUUCAGAGAAAACGGAAGAGAUCUCUCUCUCUUUCACUGAGUUCAAGAAAAUGGCUGAGGCGAGAAUUUCAGUAGAUCAUGAUCAGUUCAUCUGUCCAGUGUGUCUGGAUCUCCUGAAGGAUCCAUUGACUCUCUCCUGUGGUCACAGUUUCUGUAAAGUGUGUAUUAAUAGUCACUGGGAUCAGGAGGAUCAGAAGGAUGUCUACAGCUGUCCUCAGUGCAGAGACACUUUCACUCCAAGGCCUGUUCUACGCAGAAACAACAUGCUGGCUGAAGUGGUGGAGAAACUGAAGAAGAAGACUGAAGUCCAAGCUGCUUCUCCUGCUCACUGUUACGCUGGACCUGGAGAUGUGGAGUGUGAUUUCUGCCCAGGAAGAAAACACAAAGCCAUCAAGUCCUGUCUGAUGUGUGUGGCUUCAUUUUGUGAAACUCAUCUCAAACCUCAUCUUGAAAGUCCUGCUUUGAAAAAACACACAUUAAUUGAUGCCUCUGGAAAUCUACAAGAGAAGAUCUGCUCUGAACACAAUGAAGUUCUGAAGAUCUUCUGUCGUACUGAUCAGAGAUGUAUUUGCUCUUUGUGCCUGUUGGAUAAACAUAAAGGACACGACGUUGCAUCAGUUACAGCAGGAAGAGCUGAGAAACAGAGUGAGUUAAAUGAGGAGCAGCUGAAAUUCCAGGAGAGACUCCAGGAGAAGCAGAAGAAGGUGCAGGAGCUGAAACAGGCUGUGAACACUAUAAAGCUCAGUGCACAGACAGCAGUGGAGGACAAUGAGAUCAUCUUUACUGAGAUGAUCAGCUCCAUGGAGAAAAAGCGCUCGGAGGUGACGGAGAUGAUCAGAGCUCAGGAGAAGGCUGAACUGAGUCGAGCUGAACGACUCCUGGAGCAACUGGAGCAGGAGAUUGAUAAUCUUCAGAGGAGAGUCAUUGAGAUGGAGAAGCUUUCACACACACAUGAUCACAUCCAUUUCCUCCAGGCUUUAGCUUCUGGAUGUCAGUCUCCUCUAUUAGAUAGACCAGAGUUUCACACAUCCAGCAUCAGGGUCUCUCAACAUCUGUCAUUUGAUGGAGUGAAGAAUUCUCUCUCAGACCUGAAGAAGAGACUGGAGGAAUUCUGUGAGGAGGAAUUCAACAAAAUCCCUCCACAUGCUGCAGCAGUUCAGAUCUUUUCACCACCAGAUCCACAGAACAGAGAAGAGUUUCUGAAAUAUUUCUGUUCUCUGACUCUGGAUCCCAACACGGCACAUCGUAAACUCAUUCUGUCUGAGGAGAACAGAGUGGUGACAUUCAAUAAGAGAAAACAGAAGUACUCUGAUCAUCCAGAGAGAUUUGACUCCUGGGGGCAGGUGUUGUGUAAGGAGAGUGUGUGUGGACGCUGUUACUGGGAGGUGGAGUGGAGCGGUGUUGGUGUGUCCAUAUCAGUCUCAUAUAAAGACAUCGGGAGGAAAGGAGAGGGUAUUGAGUCUGUGUUUGGACACAACAAACAGUCCUGGAGUCUGGAAUGUUCUUCUUCUCCCUAUUUCUAUCACAACAACAUUAAGACUAAUCUCAGAGUUCCAUCACCCCCCAGAAUAGGAGUGUAUGUGGAUCACAGUGCAGGAACUCUGUCCUUCUACAGUGUCUCUGACAACAUGAAGCUCCUCCACAGAGUCAACACCACAUUCACUCAGCCUCUAUACGCUGGGUUUGCGCUCUACAGGUUGUUUGGUUCUUCAUCUGUGAGAUUGUGUGAUCCAUAUGAAGACCCAUUUAUUAUUUUUUUUUAUGAAAUUAAUCCUAAAUUUAGAAACUACAAGGUUUAUAUUUAUGUUCCUAAUACAGAUAAAAUGGUUAACACAUACACACACACACACAUAUGCAAACACAAACACACACACACACACAGACACACACACACACACACAUACACACACACACACACACAGGCGCGCACGCACACAUACACACACACACUCACACACAAAAACACACACAGAAACAGGAAGUUUCAGAGAAAACGGAAGAGAUCUUUCUCUUUCUCUUUCACUGAGUUCAAGAAAAUGGCUGAGGCGAGUAUUUCAGUAAAUCAUGAUCAGUUCAUCUGUCCAUUGUGUCUGGAUCUCUUGAAGGAUCCGGUGACUCUCCCCUGUAGUCACAGUUUCUGUAAGGUGUGUAUUAAUGGUCACUGGGAUCAGGAGGAUAAGAAAGACGUCUACAGCUGUCCUCAGUGCAGAGACACUUUCACACCAAGGCCUGUUCUACGCAGAAACAACAUGCUGGCUGAAGUGGUGGAGAAACUGAAGAAGACUGAAGUCCAAGCUGCUUCUCCUGCUCACUGUUACGCUGGACCUGGAGAUGUGGAGUGUGAUUUCUGCACCAGGAGAAAACACAAAGCCGUCAAGUCCUGUCUGAUGUGUGUGGCUUCAUUUUGUGAAACUCAUCUCAAACCUCAUCUUGAAAUUCCUGCUUUGAAAAAACACACAUUAAUUGAAGCCUCUGGAAAUCUACAAGAGAAGAUCUGCUCUGAACACGAUGAAGUUCUGAAGAUCUUCUGUCGUACUGAUCAGAGAUGUAUUUGCUCUUUGUGCCUGUUGGAUAAACAUAAAGGACACGACGUUGUAUCAGUUACAGCAGGAAGAGCUGAGAAACAGAGUGAGUUAAAUGAGGAGCAGCUGAAAUUCCAGCAGAGACUCCAGGAGAAGCAUAAGAAGGUGCAGGAGCUGAAACAGGCUGUGAACACUAUAAAGCUCAGUGCACAGACAGCAGUGGAGGACAAUGAGAGGAUCUUUACUGAGCUGAUCAGCUCCAUGGAGAAAAAGCGCUCGGAGGUGACGGAGAUGAUCAGAGCUCAGGAGAAGGCUGAACUGAGUCGAGCUGAACGACUCCUGGAGCAACUGGAGAAGGAGAUUGAUGAUCUUCAGAGGAGAGUCACUGAGAUGGAGAAGCUUUCACACACACAUGAUCACAUCCAUUUCCUCCAGGCUUUAGCUUCUGGACCUCAGUCUCCUCAAUUUAUCCGACCAGAUUUUGACACGUCCAGCAUCAGGGUCUUUCAACAUCUGUCAUUUGAUGGAGUGAAGAAUUCUCUCUCAGACCUGAAGAAGAGACUGGAGGAAUUCUGUGAGGAGGAAUUCAACAAAAUCCCUCCACAUGCUGCAGCAGUUCAGAUCAUUUCAUCACAAGAGCCACAGAACAGAGAAGAUUUUCUGAAAUAUUUCUGUUCUCUGACUCUGGAUCCCAACACGGCACAUCGUAACCUCAUUCUGUCUGAGAAGAACAGAACAGUGACAGUCAGUAAGAGAAAACAGAAGUACUCUGAUCAUCCAGAGAGAUUUGACUCCUGGGGGCAGGUGUUGUGUAAGGAGAGUGUGUGCGGACGCUGUUACUGGGAGGUGGAGUGGAGCGGUGUUGGUGUGUCCAUAUCAGUCUCAUAUAAAGACAUCAGGAGAAAAGGAUAUGAUAAUGAGUCUGUGUUUGGACGCAACAAACAGUCCUGGAGUCUGGAAUGGUCUUCUUCUUCUCUCUCUUUCUCUCACAACAACAUUAAGACUGCUCUCAGAGUUCCAUCAUCCCCCAGAAUAGGAGUGUAUGUGGAUCACAGUGCAGGAACUCUGUCCUUCUACAGUGUCUCUGACACCAUGAAGCUCCUCCACAGAGUCCACACCACAUUCACGCAGCCUCUAUACGCUGGGUUUGCGCUCUACAGGUUGUUUGGUUCUCCAUAUGUGAGAUUGUGGGAUCCAUAAUAAUGUGUGUAGUGUUUUGUGUAACAUUCCUCCACAUUACCACAUUGUUACUCCAUCAUCUGUUUAACACACAAUCCAGCUGCACAAAAAAAAAACAUUUUCAUUGUAAAUUAAAACAGAUUCAUCCUGGAUGAUGAACCAUAACAGAACCAUAUAAAUCCAAGUUUGUGUUAAAUAUUAUGAGCAAAGUUUGAAAAUAAAAGAUCAGACCACAGAAGAACGGUGUGAACUGGGUGUCAGUGUCAGUCUCAUAUAAAGAGAUCAGAAGGAAAGGAAGUCGUAAUGAAUGUGGGUUUAAUUUAA